AUGCCGCGCGCCAUCCGAGGCGUGCUCAUCGAGUGCGAUCCGUCCAUCAAAUCCAUCAUCGUCAACAUCGACAGCGACAACCACGAAUUCAUCAUCGAGGACCUCGACGAGGAGCGCGUCGUCGUCAAGGAGAACAUGGUCCCUCUGCUCAAGCAGAAGCUCGAGGACCGCCUCAAGGAAAACCUGCCGCCCGUUGACGAGUCCGGCUCCGAAUGA